UUUCUAUUUUUUUUUCAGAAUCAAAAUGAACUAAACAAGAGGAUUUAGCAGGACGGAGUGCAGGAUGAGUUCUGAGGAGGAUAGUUUGGUUGGAUAUGAUACAAGUGAGGUGAAACAAGAUAGAUCAAACUCUCUCACCUCUGUUAUUCUCCAGCUUGCCAACGCAUGGAAUAUCAUUCCAGAAUCCCCGGAGAAACAAGUACGGGUGGAAACUAACAAUGAAUGUGCCGAAGAAAAUAAAUCAAGACGGAGCAAAGUUAAACACAGGAGAAGUUCCCUGGAUAUCUCCAGUACUAAACCUAAGAAACUAGAGACGAGGAGAACUUCGUUGAUCUCUAGUACAAGAACAGAUUCAGAUAGUUCUAGUGAUAAUAAAGAAACUAAAUCAAAUAAAAGUGAAGGAUUAGAAGACGAAUCCGAAAGUAGGACUGAACCUGAAGAUGUAGAACUAGAUAUGCAACCUGAGACCGAAAAUGGGAGAAUUGGAUUAGAAGAUACCAUCAGGAAUAGAGUCGGUUCAGACCAGGUCAUACAAAGUGAACUGAAAAGACGCAGUAAGGUUGGAUCAGAAAACAAAUCCCGGAGCAGGGUUGGAUCAGAAGAUAAAACUCGGAGUAGGGUUGGAUCAGAAGAUAAACCUCGGAGUAGGGUUGGAUCGAAAGAUGAACCGCGGAGUAAGGUUGAAUCAGAAGAUGAACCGCGGAGUAGGGUUGGAUCGAAAGAUGAACCGUGGAGUAGGGUUGAAUUAGAAGAUGAACCGCGGAGUAAGGUUGGAUCAGAAGAUAAAUCUCGGAGUAGGGUUGGAUCAGAAGAUAAAUCUCGGAGUAGGGUUGGAUCUGAGGAUGAUAAAAUGAGUACGGACGCAUCGUGUGAAAACCCGGUAGAUUCUCUUGAAUCUGUAAAGGAAAAGGGAAACAUAAUAGAAGAUCCAUCAAGAGUUAGUAAAGAUGAAGUUGAUAGUGCUCAUCUGGACAAGGUUGGUUCGCAGGAGGACGGGAUAUCUGAAGUAUUAGGGACUGACAGUGAAGGAGCAAAAGAUUCUGAGGAUGAGAAGGAAACUGAGAAGAAUAAAAACUGUGAUCAGAAGCUCUCUUCACUUGUCUCUGUUCGCCUUGAGAGAGUCGACGGAACCAGUUCAUCACAGAUUGAUGAUUUUGAUACUGAAGAGGAAAACUUUCAGGGAGGGUUUCUAGAAAUGGUUUUAAGACCGGAUGAGGAAGAAAAUCUCCCAAAAAUAGACUCCACAAAGAAAGAUAUAGGAGCUGAACCCAGAGAAGAACCUGGAGUUUCUAAUACAAGAGAAACCCGGCGAGGGCGCAGUAUGACUGGUUUAGACAAGGAUAAAUCAAAAGAUUUUAAAUCCCAAGAUGUUCGACAAACCAGGAGUGGGCGAGAUAGUACUCCAGAGGGUCGGUUGACCAGACGAACUGCUGAAAACACACCUCAAGGACGGAUAACGAAGAGAACUGCGUCAAUACCAGUUCUGCAGAGUAAGAAAAAUGCGGAAGCGUCUCCAUCCCGAUCCACAAGAGGAUCUGAAUCAGUUUCGACCAAUGCUAGGGAUGAAUCCGUCCCUGACGUGAGAUCCAGACGAAGUUUAGGAGAUGUUAAACAAGGAUACAGUUCUGAACUCAGAGAAACGCGGUCUAGCCAGGAUAUUAAGGAUGUUAAACCCCUACGAAAGAAAGAACUAGAAAGGAAGAAAGAUAAAAACGUCGAAAGCGGUGAAGAAGACAAAAUCGAAACAAGACGAACAAGGCAAACUGGAGAUUCUUCAACAAAAGAAAAACCAGAAUCAUCAAAAGAGGAAAAAUCUAGAAGAACUAGAGAAAACUCAACAGAGGAAUCCAAACCUUUAUCCGAUAUGGUUUCUGAACCAAGAUUAACUAGACAAGCAAAGGAUUCAGUAGAAGGACGAGAACCACGAAGAACUAGAGAAAGAUCUCCGGGUUUGAAGGAUACUAGGAGUGAUGAGACGAACCGGGAUAUGACUGAGAGCUCACCUGACACAAGAUCCCGGAAACAUGAUACCAGCUCGGAUGGAAGACUAAGACGACGAGUCCGGGAUAGUUCAGAAGAUGAGAUAACAAAAAAUUCUGAAGAGAUCAGAGUAACAAGGAGUGGCACCGAAUUAUCAAUUGGUUCUGCUGAAAGUCCUUCAAAAAACAGUCGAAGUCCCAGACAUGGAUCUGGUGGCUCAGCUUCUCCUAAAAAGGAGGACGGAAGCGUUGUAAGUUUAGUGAAGAAAAAGAAGAAAAAGUUUGGAGUCGGACUGAAGGGAAGGUUGGUUCAUGAAUCGGAGAUACUCAAACGGGUUCAACAACUCAAGGCCAAAGGAUUGUGGGUAGACAAGAAAAUCCCCAAGGGAGCUACUGAACCCAAAACUAAAGUGCACUGGGACUUCGUGUUGGAAGAGAUGACCUGGCUCUCAGAUGUUGUUCAAAAGGAAGUUAAAAUCAAGAAAGCUAACGCACGCAAAUGUGCUGCUAUGGUUCAGAAGCACUUCAAAGACAAAGAACUCUCUGCACUGCGCGCGGAAAAAGCACGCGAGGCAAAUCUUCGAAAGAUCGCUGCAGGCAUGGCACGUGAGGUGAAAGUGUUCUGGGGGAACGCCCAGAAGCUGUUUGAGUGGAGGGUAAAGCAAAAGCUGGAGAAGAAGAGGAAGGAAGCUCUGGACCAGCAUCUAAACUAUAUAGUCGAUAAGACGGAGAAAUACUCGACACUUCUGGCGGAGAGUUUGGCGGAGAAUGUGAGCGGACAGGUUAGUAGAGCUGAGAGUGUGUGUAGCGGAGACACUGAGGAAGAUAUUGCCGGAGACGGAGAAUACAACCCGGAAAGUGGAAGUAGUGAUGAUGAGGAAACCAUUGACCAGGAGGAGACAUGUGAACCUGACACCAAGAGAGAACAGGAACUCGAGGAGUUGGAGGAGGGAGCUGAGGUUCCUAUUGAGGAACUACUCCGUAAAUAUUAUCCAGACCAGUUUCCAGACUCCGAUCCCAAACCUGAGAUAAAAGAGGAGAUAACUAAGGAUGAGACUGAAAGCUCUGGGAGUAGACGGAGAAGGAAACCUGUGGAUUUUGCCGAGGUUGAAAGAAAGAUUGCCGAGGAAGAUGUGAAACUUGGUGUUAAACCAGUAGAAGAUAUUAAAGAAGAAAAGUUGGAAGAAGAGAAAGCAGAAAAUGUAAGAACAACCGAUGAGAAAAUCGAAAAAGAUAAAAAUAAAGAAGGGAGAUCUGAAAAAGACACAGACAACGAUGAUAAAACCAAUGGUGAAAAAGUCGAGGAAGAAAAGGAGGAGGUGAAGGAAGAGUCUGAUGAGUCGACUGAUGAGGAUGAGAAGGAUCCAGGAAUAAAAUCUUUGGUCGAAGGAGAGGAUAAACUAGAAGAAUAUGCAAGUAUGGCGGCUAAAUUUCAACCCACUGGAAACACACUUGAGACAACUACUGUUAAAACUAAGAUACCUUCACUCCUCAAACAUACGCUCCGUGAGUAUCAGCAUAUUGGUUUGGAUUGGUUGGUUUCUCUCUAUGAGCGAAGUUUGAACGGAAUCCUAGCAGAUGAGAUGGGAUUAGGAAAGACAAUUCAAACUAUAGCACUACUAGCACACCUGGCGGUGGAUCGCGAAAACUGGGGACCUCAUCUUAUCGUUGUUCCAACAUCCGUCAUGCUCAACUGGGAGAUGGAGAUAAAGAAAUGGUGUCCUGGGUUCAAGGUCAUGGUGUACUUUGGUAGUCAGAAGGAGCGUAAGAUGAAGAGAGUGGGUUGGACUAAACCCAAUGCAUUUCAUAUUUGCAUCACUUCCUAUAAGCUGGUUAUUCAGGAUCACAGUAGUUUCAGAAGGUUUAAGUGGCAAUACUUUAUCCUGGAUGAAGCGCAACACAUUAAAAACUUUAAAUCUCAACGGUGGCAGCUUCUACUGAACUUUGCAUCUCUAGGUCGUCUUCUUCUCACUGGAACUCCGCUUCAGAACAAUCUCAUGGAGCUCUGGUCCCUCAUGCACUUCCUCAUGCCUCACGUCUUCGAAUCCCAUAGGGACUUCAAGGAGUGGUUCUCCAACCCUCUGACUGGGAUGGUUGAGGGGAACAACGAGUACAACGAUAAUCUGAUCAAACGGUUACACAAGGUUCUCCGUCCGUUCAUUCUUCGACGAUUAAAGAACGAGGUCGAGAAACAGCUGCCUAAGAAGUAUGAGCAUCUUGUAAAAUGUCCGCUAUCUAAACGUCAAAGAUUUCUCUAUGAUGAUUUUAUGUCAAGGGCAAAGACAAAAGAGACGUUGUCCAGUGGAAACCUACUCUCUGUGAUCAAUGUAUUGAUGCAGCUACGUAAAUGUUGUAAUCAUCCAAAUCUCUUUGAACCACGUCCAACUCUAUCACCGUUUGUAAUGCAGGCAGUUACUUUCCAGUUUCCUAAACUUGUCCACCACUGUCGGGACUACAAUGUUUGGAAAGAUAUUGAUCUCUCUUCGUCACCCCUUCUUCUGAUCCACCAUGAGAUGAAUAUUGAUCCUUACACGUCCUUCCGCACCAGUAGUCUCAAGUGUUCUAACCGGAGAAUGUUGCAUCCACCCUCCUCCGAUUCUAAACUAAUGUGUCCUAGCAACAAGAUGAGAUUUCAGGUGAAAACUCAAAACCCUCCCGUCCCUAAACAAGAAAUAGAAUUUCAGUCACCUGUACUUCACCUACAGCAGACCGGAAUAGGAUACGUUAUACCAGCGCGCAACCUCUCCAACAAGGAUAUGUGGUUGUGGCAGGACGGACAUAAGCUGAAAACUCCGUCCGGCUAUUUCCAGAUUGCCAAGGUACCUAGAGUAGAAAUAUCUGCUGCGUCCCAGGUUGAUAAUGAAAAAGAUUUCCCUCUCUGGUCUCCACCCCGGAAGGUUCAGAAACUUGAAGCAAAGAAACCAGAAGAAACUCCAAAGGAAACUAAAGUAGAGGAACCCGAGGAAAUUAUGCGUCGAAAGAUUCCACGAGUAAACAAUAAACGAACGGCUAAGGGAAUAUUUAGCCUUGGUGUAUUUGCAUCGGAGAAACUAACCCUAGCGGCCAAAUCUCCAAACAAGGCAAAGAAACGUCGACUAGAAGCCAAGGCAAGAGAAGCUGAACUUAAUCUACCAAGUUUCAUCUCUGCCAAAGACGCGUUUAUAAUUAGCCGCAGAAAAAGAAAUUUUGCGUUAAACAACCGACGAUGUGAGUUUUUGCCCUUAUAUGGAAGUGAGUUGGUGGAGACUAUACAACAAAUGUGUUUUAUCCCUAGAGAAGCACUAAGAACAGGAUUAGAACAGUUAACGUGUCGGCCUAAAAUAAACCCGUAUAAACAGGAGAUUAAAUGCUAUAGUAGUCAUAGACUAAUACAAACCAUGGACUCUGCAGUUGCUAGAAUCACACAAAUUUUUGAUAGAUUUCUUAUCAAUGUUCCAAAGACCUGGACUGCGGCUAGGAGAGACUUAUCCAACCAGGAUGAUGAUCCUAAACAUAAACGGUUUCCCGGUGAUUUCCUUAUCUCAAGGUUUCAGGUUCAAACUCCUGAUACAAGGUUGAUCCAAUAUGACUGCGGUAAACUCCAGGUUCUCUCUUCUCUUCUUCGGACACUUCAUACAGGGGGACAUAGAGCCUUAAUAUUUACUCAGAUGACCAAGAUGUUGGAUAUUCUGGAGAGUUUCCUGAACUACCACGGCUAUGUCUACAUGAGACUGGACGGUUCCACGAAGGUUGAGAUGAGACAGGCUUUGAUGGAACGCUUUAACAACAGUAACAAGUACUUUAUCUUUAUCCUGUCAACUAGAUCUGGAGGGGUUGGGAUAAAUUUGACAGGUGCUGAUACAGUUAUAUUCUACGACAGUGAUUGGAACCCAACCAUGGACGCUCAAGCUCAGGAUAGAUGUCAUAGGAUUGGACAGACCAGGGACGUUCACAUCUACAGGUUGAUCAGUGAGAGGACGGUUGAGGAGAACAUCCUAAAGAAAGCAAAUCAGAAAAGAUUGCUCGGAGAUCUAGCGAUCGAGGGAGGAAACUUUACAACUGCAUUCUUUAAAAAACAAACUAUUCAUGAUUUGUUUGAGGAAACAUCAUCUGCAACCAAUGAGGAUCUAAAGAAAACUGAAGCUGAAGCUCCAAAAAAAUCCAUUGGAGUGUUUGAAACUGCUCUGGCUACUGCUGAGGAUGAUACUGAUCGACAAGCAACUAGGGUUGCUAGAGCUGAAGAGAAUGAAGAUGAACAAGAUUUCAACGAACAGACUGAAGAUGAUCAGUUCCAGGCUGUCCUCUCCGAACUAAGUAAAGUUGAGGUCUACGCUUUGCACCACCUGGAGUGGCAGGAGGAAGGUUGGGUUCAGGAGCAGUUAGAUUUUGCUCAGGCUGAGAUUGAGGCUAGAAAAGAAGAAUUUGAUGCUGAGAAGAUGGAUGAGUUAACUCAGGAGAUCAGAGAGGAGCUUGGUGAUGAGUCUAGUGAAGACGAGGAGGAGGAAGAAAACAAUGAUGUGGAUGAUGAAGAAGGAGAUGAGACGGAAGAGGAGGAUUAUGCUCCGGAUGGAAGUGGAAGUGAUGAUGAAGCAACUAUUGAGAAAGAUGAGAAGGAUGGAGAAGAUGAGAACAAGGACAAUGAAAUCAAUAUGCUGGAGAAUGAUGCCGAGGUUCCUGUUGAAAACCUUAUUAAACUUUACUACCCGGAGCAGUACAAGGAGAUGGAUCUUGAGGUUGCAGAGCUACCCGAGGGACUAGAAGUAGGAGAAGGCGGAGAAUUUGUCUCUAGCGAGGUUUACGCAGUUGUUGCACACUUGGAUGAGGAGCAACACAAGAAUGGGACGGAUAUAUACGAUGGUGUAGAUGGUGAAGUUGAUGAGGAAGCCGAGCUCAAUCACGGAGAAUUACAUGUUGAAUCUUCAGAGAUUUUGAACGAAGAGGAGAACCUCGAAACCGAAGCUGAACUUGAUGCUGUAGCUGAACUUGUAGCUAAAGCUGAACUUGAUGCUGUAGCUGAACUUGAAGCUAAAGCUGAACUUGAAGCUAAUGCUGAACUUAAAGCUGAAGCUGAAAUUGAAGCUGAGGCUGAACAUGAAGCUGUACCUGAAUUAGGAGCUGAACCUGAACUCGAAGCUGAACAUGAACAUGAUGCUGAACACGAACCAAUGGAAAUUGAACGCCAGUUUUAACGAAGGGGAUCACUUAUUGGAAUAAUAUAGGAUCAUAGUGUCGAUUCUCAUACUGUAGCAUUUGUAUAAAAGUAAGGAAUCACCAGAUUAAGUAUAGUGUCCAAUGAUGAAUUUAAAUUCACAAUGAGCCAAUCUUGUAAAAUAUGUACAUUGUUCUCUCCUUGUUAGCCCACGUUUUUCACAACUGUUAAUAUUUUGCUAUUCAAUUUCCAACGUAAGGAACUAAAAGAAAUCUCACCAAAUUGAACGUUACAAACCGUGCCAAUUUAAAUAUUGAUGAGUUAUGCAAUCAAGUAUUUAUUAAAUGUAUCAUUCCUUGCUUAACGCAUUUCAUUUUUAUACUUUCUCUAAACUUCAGAA